UGGACUCCUUCUUACUACCAGAUUUUGAAGAACUGCGUUCAGGAAUGAUGUUAGGUAGGAGGUCUCAGAAGUAGCAGGGGCAAGAUUCGGUUCCAGAUCUCUCUGACUCUAAAGCUCAUAUUCUUUCUGUGGUACCAGGUUCCUUUUUAUACAUGUAUUCUAUUUUUUCCAACAUUUUAAAUGAAAAUGUUCAAACAUAAAAAAAAUUGAAAGAAUAGUACAGUGAACACCUAUAUGUAUAUGUACUACCUAGAUUCAACAGUUAACAUUUUGCUAUGUGAAUAUGUAUGUGUAGAAGUAAGUUGUAGACAUCUCAAGACAUUUAACCCCAGUACUUGAUCAUGUAUCUCCGAGAGUAAGGACUUUUUCUGUAAUCAUCUAAUGUCUAGUCUAUAUUUAAAAUUUCCUAGUUGUCCUAAAGAGCCUUUAAAGCUGUUCUUUUUACACCAGGAUUCAUGGUUCAAGCACUGUGUCUCUAGUAUCUCUCUAGUUGCUUCUAGUCGACAUCAGUUCCUCACCUGUUCUUUUUCCUUCCCAUGACCUUGACUUUUUGACGAGGCUUUCCUAUUCUGGGUUUUUCUGUUUCCUUGUGGCUGAUCACAAAUUUUUUGAGAGUAGGGUACUGGACCUUAUUUUUCAUUGCUCUCACAACAUUAUUGUAACAUUUUGUGCCUAAUAGGUUCUUCCUUGUUGCUGGUUGAAUGACUGAGUAUAUAAUUUCCUAUAAAGACACUAUGCUCAGAGUGGUACAGUGCUCACUGCUUAAACACAAGAAGUGAGAGGAAACAAGAGUACAAAUUCAAGAGUCCGUGAGGGGAAAAGAUGUAUUCAUCAUUCAGACUGUUUCAAAGGACGUGAACACCACCAUCAUGGAGCUCCUGAUUAUGGUAUAUGCUUGUAAGACCUCUUGUGCCAAAAGCAUUAUUGGUGUGAUUCCCUACUUCCCUUACAGCAAACAGUGCAAGAUGAGAAAAAGAGGCUCCAUUGUUUCUAAAUUGCUGGCUUCAAUGAUGUGCAAAGCUGGCCUGACGCAUCUUAUUACUAUGGAUUUACACCAGAAGGAAAUUCAGGGCUUCUUCAAUAUUCCUGUUGAUAAUUUAAGAGCAUCUCCCUUUUUAUUACAGUAUAUUCAAGAAGAGAUCCCGGAUUACAGGAAUGCAGUGAUCGUAGCCAAAUCUCCAGCCUCAGCCAAGAGGGCACAGUCUUUUGCUGAGCGCCUUCGACUGGGUAUUGCAGUGAUUCAUGGAGAAGCUCAGGAUGCUGAGUCUGACUUGGUGGAUGGACGGCAUUCCCCGCCCAUGGUCAGGAGUGUGGCUGCCAUCCACCCCAGCCUGGAGAUCCCUAUGCUGAUUCCUAAAGAAAAGCCCCCAAUCACAGUUGUUGGUGAUGUGGGAGGAAGGAUCGCCAUCAUUGUGGAUGACAUUAUCGAUGAUGUUGACAGCUUUCUUGCUGCAGCAGAGACCCUGAAGGAAAGAGGUGCAUAUAAGAUCUUUGUGAUGGCGACUCAUGGCUUGUUAUCUUCAGAUGCUCCCCGACUGAUUGAAGAAUCUGCCAUCGACGAGGUGGUCGUUACCAAUACAAUUCCACACGAAAUCCAGAAGCUGCAGUGCCCCAAAAUUAAAACUGUGGAUAUCAGCAUGAUCCUUUCAGAAGCCAUCCGUCGGAUUCACAAUGGGGAGUCCAUGUCCUACCUUUUCAGAAACAUAGGCUUGGAUGACUGAAGAGCUGUCUUUUCUUACAACUCCCAGGGGCCAAACUGGAACCGCAAGAGUGCGCACUGUGGGAUCUCACCCGAUUUGAUGUACUUCCCGGAGGCCAUUUGUGUUUUGUUCCUUCCUUGUUAAUUACUAUGAAGAUAGACCAAUUUUUUUGUCAAUUUGGGUGUUUGUGAGUUUUGGGGGCAAUUUUUAUAGAAGAAAAACUAUAUUCUCCUCUUAAAGUAAGUUAAGACAUUAUUUUUAGUUUAACUAUUUAAAAUAUAACUUGGAAUACAAUUUUUAAGCUCACAAGCAGUCUUUUUCCAAAAUUGUUAGAGCCCAAGUGCUUAAAAAAUUUAAUAAAAUAAAAUAAUCUACUGUAUGAUACCUACAAUUGAAAAGCCAAAAAACCUAUACUGUUGAAUCCAGUAGAUGACAUUUUUAGAAAUGCUUUUAUAGACAAGCAUAUGGAACAUGUGACCAUUAUUUAUUUUCUGCAAAAGAAGGAAUAAAAACUUACUGUUUGUGUGUGAUUUUUUUUUUACA